AUUUUGACUACCAGCGAUCACCAUUCGUAGUGUACAGCAACGACCGACGCCGAUGGGCGGAGCGAACCUACACAAUGAGUCACACAUUGGACAUUUUUAUCCGUAAAAAAGUCGUUAGUAAACAACGGACAACUUAUUUGUCAGGGCAUCGAUUUUCUUUUUGAUUUUCUUGGACUUUGGAACGUGAAUUGUACGUCUUGAGGACACGAGUUUAGAGAGCAGGCCAAGAUGUCAGAAGGGGUCAGUCAUGCAUUCAGCCAAACAUCGGGAUGAGGCAUGGAGCAAGCUAGGCCCUACGAUGCUGUGUACCAUAGAAAAGACGCUGAACAAGUCUAGCCAGAUCAAGAGUCCCUGCCAAGUUGAAGAUCUGACAAUCUUGUAGAUAGUUUGGAUAUCACUAUAUAAGCCUCCAAAGAUGGACGACUCGGGGGAUCAGGACAUGUAUGUGUCGCAGCUGAAGGAGGUUUUUGAUAGCUGUGAUGCUGGGGGCAUCGGCAUGCUGAACAGGGAGGAGCUGGUGGAACUAUGCUCCAAGUUACAGCUGGAGGACCAGGCAGAAGAACUCCUCAAACACCUGGUGGGAGACAGCACCAAGACCCUGGUUGAUUUUGAUACUUUCAAGGAAGGCUUUGUGAUGGUGCUCUCCAGCGCUGUGGAUCUGGAUAAUAUCGAAGGCCUGAGUGAUGGGGAAGACAACGUCAGUGUGGGAAGCAUCAAUGAAGUGUCCAUCGCAGAAGAGGUCGAAGUCUCCCCAAAAUAUGUCAAGGGUAACAAGAAAUACGGCCGCCGGUCGCGGCCCGACUUUGACCUCAGCUACACGGCCGAUUACUCGGACAUUGACACAGAUUUCAGCAGCCACUAUGGCGGUAAUGACACGUCGAGGGGGAGGGAAGAGAGACGGAGUGAUCGGUCCAAGAGAUCGGAGAGGAGCUGGAAGCCCAGCAAGUCACUGUCGUUUGCUGAUGAUAUAAGCGAGAUCUUUGAUGGUGAUGGUCAUAAUGAAGAUGUAUUUGAUCGGGAGCACAAGAUUGUUGGCGGUAGCCCAUCGUCAUCUAGCAAACGAGACAUACCCAUGAUUGUCCACGAGACGUUUGAAGCUGAAGGUCAGAUGAACGCAUCGAUGAGUCUGAUGGAAUCGGCCCCCACCGAAGCAGACCAGGUGCAAGCCAUCUGGGAUGAGGUAGGGGUGGGCGGGGAUGGGUUCCUGGAUAUUAAUGAGCUGGCCACUGUGUGUCAACACAUCGGUAUGGAGGACAUGGAUGAUGAGGAGUUAAACAAUCUCUUCAACAAGCUCGAUGUGGAUCAGGACGGCAAAGUAGGCUUCCAGGAAUUCCUGGAGGGUCUCUUCCGUCACGAGGGUCCGCGACCCACUCCCACCACCCCUCUCACCAGUGGUCUGUCCACCGCCCAGAAGGCCAAGCUCCGUAUGUCCAUGAUGGGCAGCGCCAUGGACGAUCCUCUCUACCGGACGGCGACACCGUCUUUCAUGCUGGUACCCGGCACCCAGCUGCUCACCAUGCUGGAUCAUAACAACACAGGGUAUGUCAGUCCCGAAGACAUUGUGGAACAGUUUGCUGCGCAAGGCAUCCACAACCCUGUAGAAGUCCUACACAGUUUAGAUGUCGACACAGAGGCAGGUAAAGUGAGUCUACCGGAACUCUCUGUGGCUCUGGAGCAUGUCUUGAUGACGACGGGUGACACCAAUGGAGUAUAUCAGGCUGCGCUGACGUCAUACCAGUCAGAACUCAAACACCUCAAAUCUCAGCUGGAUUCCAUGACAGAUGAAAGGAACAAGUUGAGAGCUGACACCACCGAAGCCAACCAGCGUAAUGCCAUGCUGGUCAAGGAGGUGGAUGAAACCCAUGCUAACAUCAUCAAGACGAAUGAGGCGAAGCUACAGGCUGCCGAGAAGAAGCACCAGGAGAAACUGGGGGCGAUGCAGGCCGAGGUUGAGAAGGAGAGGCAGCAAAUGGCCGCCCAGGCUGCCAAGCAGAGGCAACGGCUGGAAGAAGAGAUCAAUCAGAUCAAAUCUGGGGAUGCGGGACUGAGAGAGAGAUUCACCGAGAUGCAGAAAGAGAUCACACGGUUGGAGCAAGAACUGACGGAGGCGGCAGAGAAACUGCUUGAAAAUGAGAAAACCAUUCUCAAGCAGCAGAGGGACUUGGAUGGGUUUCAGGAGCUGGAGGAGAGGCUCGCCGAAUUGGAGUCCAACCGUGAAACUGUCUCCAAACAGCAGGAGGAAUACUUUGAACAGAACCUGAAGGAGUACCAGGAACAUGUCAGGGUGCUACAAGACCAGCUGGACGAGAUCACCCAAGAGAAUGAACUGUUGAAGCACCAGACCUCGGAACGCAAGAUCAGACGACGGGGCAGCAAGCUGCAACACUCCAACAAACCCAGCCGUGUGGGCUCGGUCCUGUCCGACUACACCAAACCCACCAUCAGUAAGAGGUCAUCCAGUGGCCAUUCUUCAUCAGAGAACGAGUCUGAACUGGAAGAGUUAGAUCCACAGGGCAAGAGGCGGUUACCUCUAACUGCACGGUCAGGCGGUGACGGCAACAGCAAUGAGGAAGAGGACUCACAAAGAGCGAAAUUGGAGGCUGAGAUUGAAUCCCUGAAGGAGAAGCACAGCAAGGAGCUGGCUGAAUCCCAGACAGCCUUCGAGCGUGACUCCAAGGACAUCGAGUUCCGCUACAAGAUGGAGAUCACGGACCUGGAGGACGGCUUCGAGCGGCAGAAGGAAGAGAUGCGGGAGGAGUUCCAGAAGGAGCAGCAGCAGCUGAUUGAGGAAGUGGAGCGGCGCUUUGGCAGCGAGAAGCAGGAGAUGACCCAGGUGUUUGCUCAAGAGAAACGGGAGCUGGAGGAGCUGUUCUCUACGGAGACCAGGGAACUCAGGGAUCGCUUGGAAGCUGAGUACAAUGUGGAAAUGGACAACAGGAUUGCCGAGGUCAAACAGAAGCUGCUGGACGAAAAGGCCGGCGUGGAGAAAGAACUGUCUCAGGAGAAGUCCUCUCUCAGUGAGGAAAUCAUCCGAGAGAGGAACUCAGCAGAGAUCAGACUGAAGAAGAUGCAGUCCGAUCUGGAGCUGCGGUUCCUGGAGGAGAAAGGGGAGAUGCAGGCCCAGUGGGAGCGGGAGAGGGCAGAGCUGGAGCUGAUGUACCAAGAGAAGGUCCACGAGCUCGAGACACUGUUUGUGGACGGGGAGGUGGGACUCAAGGGCCAGCUCAGGAGAGACUUUGAUGAGCUCCUGGCGCAGCACAGGGCCGAGAUCGAACGUAACUUCCUACAGGAGAAAGAGGCCCUCCUGGAAGGCUUUGAGCUGGAGAAGGAAGCCCUGAUAGAGGAACUGGAAAUGGAGAAGGCCGAGCUGCUGAAGUCCAGCAAAGGAGACAAGACCUCGCUCCUGCAGAAGGCCAAGGAGGAGAAAUCGGAGUUGAUGAAGAAGCACAAGAGGGAGAAGCUGGAGCUAGCCGAGAGGCACAAGAAGCAGGUGACGGACCUGGAGGAUCGACGGGAGCAGGAGAAGAGCCAGAUAGAGGAGCGGAUGCAGCGGGAGCGCCAGAAGUUCAAGCAGGAGCGGGAAAAGCUCGAGUCCCGUUUCCGGCAGGAUCUCAGUGAGAUGCAGAUGAGCCUGACGGUCGACAAGGAUGAGUUAGAGAGAUCGGUCCAUGAAGAAGUUGAAGACAAACUCAAAACAGAUAUUAGAAGGGAGUUAGAGAAAGAGCUGGUGGAGCAGAUGGAGCAGUUCAAGAAAGGUUACAAUGAGGAAAGGAAAGAGCUGGUUUACCAGAAGGAGGAGAUGGAAUCCAAGCUACAACAGGCUGAAGUAGCUGCCCAAGAAGCAGUCAGCGUCGUCACUAUGCACACUCUUCAGGCUACGCAGAAAGAAGCAGAGGCUGAUAAGGCCCAGCUCAGGUUGGUCGCUGGUGAAAAGGAGAAGUUAGUGACAGAUCUGUCUGAUGUCAACCGACGGCUCCUGGAAGCCCAGAUGCAGCUGUCAGUGCAGGAGACCCAGCACCUGCGGGAGCUGCAGCGAGUGAAAGGCAAGCAGACCGAGGUCUCAGCCAAGGAGCUGCAAUCCUUACGGGAGGAUCUCCUACGCAAGGACGUACGGCUGGUGGACCUGGAACGGACGGUCAGCGAGAAGGACCAGGAGGCUGGAAGACUGACGACCAGAGCUCAGGAAGAAAGCCGAGAGGAGGUCAGGAGACUUCAAGAGGCAAAAGCGGAGCUUGAGAGGAAACAGAAGAAGAUGAGAGCCAUGCUGGAUGAAUACGUCAGGAAACUCAAGGAUCAGCUGACGAGAUCCACCCGCAGCGACAUCAUGGUGAAGGAGCUGUACAUGGAGAACUGCAAGCUGCAGACAGCAUUGCAGAUCACGGAGGAACGGCAGAAGAACGCCGAGAGGACCUGCCACAACCUGACGGAGAAGAACCAGGUCUACCUCCGACUCAUCAGGAAAGUCUCUCCGGCCGUACUCUGAUGAGGGCGCUCUUUUAUUGGAUCCCUCACCAAGACUAAAGUGGAGAACGAACCUCGACUCUUAAGGAAAGUCUCUCUGGCUGUCCUCUGAUGAGGGCGCCCUUCACUGAUUCCUUACGUCAUGUAUUCGGGCUAAAGUGACGAUGGAACCUCAUAUCACUUGUGUAUAUGAGAACAGGCAAUGUCUUCAAAGGUUCUAAAAUCAUCUUGGUUGCUUUGCAUCUUGUCCAUGCCACUUUUCUCUAGUCAGAUUAUGCUGUUUCUCCUGCAUGUCAUACGUCACACGAAACUCAGCACUUUAUUUGUACUAGUGUGGAUAUUUCAAUUAAGGUGACCCGUACCAUGGGUAAUUCUCCAGCCUUGGAUUGUGAUGGCGUGUGUCCCUUGGGCAAGACACUUUGUUAUAUCUUGAUUCUCCCCAUCCAGGAGUAAAAUGGGUAUCUGUGAAGGCAGAGAUGGUUACUGUGUUUGAAAAGCCGUUUGUGCCUGGAAAAACGCUGAAUCGAGCUGUACCCUCACCAGGUGGCUGAGAUGGUUUAAGGAAUGUUUUAUAAGCCCGAUGAGCAGGGGUAAUAAUAAUGUGAAGUGGUUUUAUGUUUGUUAUAAGUGGUACAUAAACACCCAUAACAGGCCAGUGGCGAGCUGACCAGUCUCAGUCUCUUAAUCCGCUGUGAGAGAUUUUGAGGAUGUUGAAAAGAUCAAAGUUGUGACUGUCUUCAAGCAGUGAAUGAAAACAUCAAGGCAGCCUUUGGUUUCAGUGAAUUGUCCUAAACUGACAUAAAAUGCAUUUUCGCAGAGUUGCGGGUCGUAUAAUACGCAUCUGAUGCACUGCAUACAACACACGGACUGUUAUUUUAAGUGACGUGUAUGCAUUGGUCGGAUCCAGGGGGGAAACAGGGGCCAUCCCC